UUGGCGUAAAGCGCGCGCUGUGAUGACGUCACGACGCUGACGCCUGAGGAUGGCGGCGGCGGCGGUGGCGGCGGCGGCGGCGACCCUGUCCGCGGUCCGGAGAGGGUCGGCACAGCCGCCGAGACGCCGAAGACCCCGCCGUCCGCGCGAGGUGUAGACGGGGCACUGCCUGCAGAGCAGGUCCUGCCAACCUCGCUAGAGAGGAUGCCCCCGUGUCCGUGAUGGGCUGUGGGACAAGCAAGGUCCUUCCGGAGCCGCCAAAGGACGUCCAGCUGGAUCUCGUCAAGAAGGUGGAGCCCUUCAGUGGCACUAAGAAGGAUGUGUACAAGCACUUCAUCACAGAGGUGGACAGUGUUGGUGCUCUCAAAGCCGGGCUCCCAGCAGCCAGUCAGGGUGCAAACCCCUGCCCUGGUGCCCCCGUUAGCAGCCACACAGAGCCUCCCUCAGAACCACCACGCAGGGCCAGGGUGGCUAAGUACAGGGCUAAGUUUGACCCACGUGUGACGGCCAAGUACGACAUCAAAGCCCUCAUUGGCCGAGGCAGCUUCAGCCGAGUGGUCCGUGUGGAGCACCGGGCAACCCGACAGCCCUAUGCCAUCAAGAUGAUUGAGACCAAGUACCGGGAAGGGCGGGAGGUAUGUGAGUCAGAGCUGCGUGUGCUGCGCCGGGUGCGUCACGCCAACAUCAUCCAGCUGGUGGAGGUGUUUGAGACGCAGGAGCGCGUGUACAUGGUGAUGGAGCUGGCCACCGGUGGAGAGCUCUUUGACCGCAUCAUCGCCAAGGGUUCGUUCACUGAACGUGAUGCCACGCGGGUGCUGCAGAUGGUGCUGGAUGGUGUCCGAUACCUGCACGCACUGGGCAUCACACAUCGAGACCUCAAGCCUGAGAAUCUGCUCUACUACCACCCCGGCACUGACUCCAAGAUCAUCAUCACCGACUUCGGCCUGGCCAGUGCCCGCAAGAAGGGCGACGACUGCCUGAUGAAGACCACCUGUGGCACACCCGAGUACAUUGCGCCUGAGGUCCUGGUCCGCAAGCCCUACACCAAUUCCGUUGACAUGUGGGCACUGGGUGUCAUUGCCUACAUCCUGCUCAGUGGCACCAUGCCCUUUGAGGACGACAACCGCACCAGGCUGUACCGGCAAAUCCUCAGGGGCAAGUACAGUUACUCGGGGGAGCCCUGGCCCAGUGUGUCCAAUCUGGCCAAGGACUUCAUUGACCGCCUGCUGACAGUGGACCCCGGCGCCCGCAUGACUGCGCUGCAGGCCCUGAGGCACCCAUGGGUGGUGAGCAUGGCAGCCUCUUCAUCCAUGAAGAAUCUGCACCGCUCCAUCUCCCAGAACCUCCUCAAACGUGCUUCCUCACGCUGCCAGAGCACCAAAUCAGCCCAGUCCACGCGUUCCAGCCGCUCUACACGCUCCAACAAGUCGCGCCGCGUGCGGGAGCGGGAACUGCGGGAGCUCAACCUGCGCUACCAGCAGCAGUACAAUGGCUGAGCCGCGGGGCUGCGGUGUGGACGGGCCGCGGUCCCAGCUGGGCCAUGCGUUGCCGGGCCCCUGGGGCCCCAUGCCCUCUCUGGAGAUGGGCCUGUAUGGCCAGUGGCAGGUGAAUGGCCCCCGCCCCUUCCCUGUCCCUUCAGCAGCCCCCAUCCUCAUCCUGGGCCUGACCCUGGUGUGAGAGUGGAGGGAGCCUAGGGGUCUGUGAGCGCUCUGAACUGGGAGCCUGGCCUGGCACCAGGGCUCUUUUUGGUGGGCAACUGCUCUGCUAGAAGUUGGGGAAGGGGUAGGACAUGGCCUUCAGGCUCCCUCACCCCUUGGCUCUUCCCCAAGACCAAAGAGGCAUGUAGUGCCGGGCAGAGGGUGUCCUGUGGUCCCAGGACUCUUUGGGACAGUUACUUCUGAAACCCUCUUCACUGAACCUUCUCUGGCCCCCCAUAUUCCAUUGCAUCCUGAUCUGUGCCCCAGUGAGAGGCCAGGGAGGCACAAAGCUUGUGCCUCAGCUGGACUCUCAGCCCCUGGCUAAGUCCAGACAGUCCCCCACCUCCCACCCAAGAUCUGCCUUCCUUCAUGGUGCCUCCAGGGACCCCUCCUGGCCCCAGGACUGGCUAGAACCUCUGAUGGUAGGGCCAUGGCAUGGUCCUUGGCCCUUCUUGACUAUGUGGCCAUGUUGGUAGCAGGCUUGUUCCAGGCUCCAGCCUCUCUCUGCCAGUGAGAGACCUCCUGCCCACCAGCCCACUGCUCUCAGUGCCUUCUUUGCAGAGCCCGCUAUAUACACUUCUCCCCCCACCUUGGAUGCCCAUUCUAUUCCCUGGGUGCCUCCUUCCCAACUGUGGGGGAUUAAAGGGAGCCCCACUGCUGCUACCUGGGGAAUGGGGGCACCAGGGCCAAGGCAGGGGCCAGGGGCUUCCCAGGGAGCGCCCCAUCAAGAUUCCAGUGUCAGCCCUGGUUCCACCCUUGGUACCGCGCAUUGCCCCUUCCCUUCAGGCUCUUCUGUUCCCUCCUCGAAACUGCAUGAGGGCGCCAUCUAGUGUCUGACAUGAGUAUGGGCAGCCUAGGACUGACCACUGCGCUCAUCCUUCAUCCUCUAGAGAAAGUGGGAAGGAGCUGCUGUAGUGAGGAAAGGUCCCCAGGCUGCUCAGCACUCCCCUUCUGCUGAGCUGCUGCGCAGCUCCAGUUGGAACUUAGCCGUACUGUGUGACCUGCCUCUGAACCCUGAGUGCCUGGGGCCCUGGCCUUCUCACAGCUGGCCUUGCCUGGUCCAGCCUGGCCCUGCUUUCUUUCACAGCAUUACCCUUCCAGCUUGGGCUCUGCUGCAUCUCAGGCUGGAGGGAGCCCCUGCAGGAGGUGGGUGGAAUUGGGUGGCUGCUUUCCCAGAGGCCUGAGCCAGACCAUUCCGAUGUCAGUCAUGGUGCCUCCCCUGCACCCCCCACCCCAAACCAGGCUGGAACCCAAGUCCCCUUCCUCCACAGCUGCUUUCAGUGGGUAGGAAGGAGCUGGGGCCCAGCUUUAGCCUUAGCUAGACUGCAGGGCCUCUGCCAGGGAGGGAUUGGCCCUCACUGUUGCUCCCAGUGGGUAGCCUUGGGCCAGGCUCUCCUCUUUCUGCAUGUGCCACCUCCAGUGAGAAACAAAGCCAAAGAGACCACUCUGGGCCAAGCCAGUUGUGCCUUAUACAUCUCCUCCCAUCUCCAGUGCUCCUGGCACAAGGCAGCAGAGAGCCCAAGUCCUGUGGCCUCAGAAUUCCCCCCAUUUCCCCAAGUGCCUCGGGGGCCUGAAGCCCUGGGGAUUUAUUUCCUCUCUUGUCCAAGGUAGGUCUGGUCCUAAGGGUAAGAUAGAGGGCAUUUGGAGAUUGGGCCUUUAUGCCAUGGACCAUGGCUGGAGAAUGUGCAGUUAUUUAUUUUGUGUACCCCGGUUGUAAAUGUAUCCUCUGUAUUCAAUAAACAGGCUGCCCUCCCCAGGGAAGGCUCCCCAUCCAUUCUGACAGCCCAGGCUCCUUGCUGUGGACCAGGGGGUUACCUAGGAAGAGGAGAGAUGGGGGGCCUGGCCUUGGCAUGGCUACUCUAGGAAGAUCUGACUCAACAUCUGCCAUGCCAGAAGUCAGAGUCCCAAGUGGGGAGGGGGACUCCCGAGAGUCUCUCCUUUCCCUUGAAAGGACAGACAAGAAUACACAAGAGGACAGAGCAUGGGGUCUUUAUUGGAUUGAGGUGGGGAGAGGGCCUGUGGUAGGCUUAGUUGUAGGCUGUGACCUGGUUGAUCCAGGUGCUGAACUUACUAACCCGAGUGUAUAUGGCAGGCUGGCGCACGUUGCAGUUGCUGGUACCCCACGAGACGAUGCCAGUAAGCACCCAUGUGUUCCCUUUCUGGCAGACGAGAGGGCCUCCGGAGUCUCCCUGAGGGAGGGAGAGGAGAGUAGUCAGCGUGGGGAUGAGGGGGUGCCACAGGGCGGUGCAGAGGACAGGACAGGGGGCUGAUGCUCACCUGGCAUGAGGAGGCCCCUGCGCCGCCUGCACAGAUCAUGGAGUCGGUGAUGCGUGAGCCCCAGUAUUGCCUGCACUGAUUCACGGUGACCAGGGGCAGAGCCACCUGCUGUAAGCGCACUGGGGUCGUAUUGCCUAGGGGCCAGAAGGGGAUGGUUGGGCCCUGGAUGACUGCUUCCCACCCUGGCCCUCUCACCCAGAUCUUUGGCCCGAGUUCCUACCCACGCCGCUGAGGCGUCCCCAGCCAGUGGUGGCGCACUUGAAGCCUGCAGGCAGCGCCUCAUCUGGGGAAGCCAGGCAGACUGGUGAGACGCGUUUUGUGUACCGGGCAGGGGAGGCAAGCUUCAGUAGUGUCAGGUCAUUGUUUAGGGUGGUGGGGUUCCAGAAAGGGUGCGUGAUGGCCUGUGGAACCAGGAAGGGGCCAGGUAGGAUGGUGGUGCGCAUAGGCCCCCCAGGGUUGAUGGUUGCUGAGGGGGCUAGCUUAGGGCAUGCCCUGAAUUCCUCAUCCCCAGAGGCCCCCGCCCCGGCCCCGUCCACUCUUCCUUUCCAUGUCUGUAGCCUAAAUACUCACCUUUGAGAUGGACAGGACCUGCAAAGGCUCAGCAUUGGAUGAUCGGUCGUACUCGCCCAGGACAACAACGUGGCGGCCAGGGCUGCAGUGAGAGUGGGGUUGGGCAGCCGCAGGGAGGGCAGAGUGACAAGAGAGGGGCAUCCGGGGGAAGGAGGUGGGGAGAGGUGGGCUCGGGGGCAGGUAGAGUGGGAGUACUCACCUGACAUUGCAGUGGGCAGCAGUGACCACCCAAGACUGGCUGAUGAGGGAACCCCCGCAGAAGUGGAAGCCGCUUCUGUCCUGGGGUCAGGGGUCAGAAGUAGGGGUGGGCUCAGGCUGCACCUAGGCAUGAAGCACCUGGUACCCUGCCCCACCCCUGGGGUGCAUGUACCUGCAGGGACACCUGCCAGGGCCAGGAGCCCGACACUGCAUUCUCUCCGUUGACAAUCCUCUGGCUGAAGCUCAGUGCCGGCUUGAUAGCAGGAAUGCCGCAGCCUGGCCAUUGGGAUGGUGAGGACCUACUUCCCACACCCCCACAACCCCACCACCUCUCCCCACCUCCUCCUGGGUCCAAAUUGAGAGGGCUCGUCACUACCCCUUCUCACCCUGAGAAUCUCUAGGUAUCUUGGUUACCUAUGUCCCCAAAUUCUGUCCGUUCUCUAACAUCUCUCUCCACCCUUACUUCCCAUUGUUCCCCAACUUCACCCCCACCCUCCAACUCAGGCCAUUUUUUUCCUGACCCCUGGGAUAGUCUCCUCCCUGGCUUCGCCACCUGCUCCAGCCUCAACAGCGAGAGGCUUCUCCCUAAACUACACGUCCAACCUUCACUUCUCAGCUUCCUAAACCCUCCCUGGCUCCCAGCUCUGGCCUGAUCUCCUGUCCCAUUUGUGAGACCAGUCCCUGCCCACCUCUUGCCCCGACCCUCCCGCAACCCUGGCACAUCCUUUUUCCUUUCCCCACUCUGUUCACCUGGUUCCCUUCCAGCCAGUCCAACUCCUUCCCCGAGCCCCUGGGCAGGAAGCCUGGGCUGGUUUUAGGAGGCGGGUUGCUUUAGGGCUGGUCAUCAGGGCUAGUCCAGGCCCACUCACCCCAGGAGGAGCCGAGGAGGACCAAGUUAAGGGUCAGACUGAGCAGCAAAAUUGUGGCAGGCAUGAGGUUGAGAGCUGGACCUGCUUUUAUGGUUCUCCUCGUCCUUGGGCAAAAGUCCUAGGCCUGAGACCAAGCCAGCUGUGUGGGCUCAGCCCCCUCCCAUGCUCUGGUCAGGAGGAGGGUCUCUAGGCCAAGGUCCUGGACCCAGGCCUAGACUUUAUCAGAUAGAGCCCAGGUGUGGGGCUCUCACCUCCACCCCCCAGAGCCUGGUCUCUGAUUGGCUCCCUGAACCACCUCACAUCCCAGGUGUUGAGUGCUGAGUAGCAAGGACUUAAACGGUUAAGUUAGGUCUGUGUGGACUACCUGGUGGCUGGGGUCAGGGAAGUUUCUCAGGGCUGUCAGGGGCACAGACAGAGAGGUGUGCUCAGCACCCAGGGGUGUUCCUGAUGGGUGGAGGGAAUGUCCAGCUGUGCUGUGGAGGGCCAGGGCCAUGCGGCCAGGACAGGGGUUCUGGCAGGUCACAAAUCUAACCGCAUCUCAGUGAUUUCUCACCAACUUGGAACAGGAGUCCGUUUGCCCAAAGAGAUGGUGACUCUCCCACAGCACACUGGGUGCGUUUGGACCCAAACCGUCAUCUGGUUCUGAAGCCCACACUCUUACUGAUGAGAUGACGCCUGGGAGAGGCCUGGUACACAGUAGGGUAAGGUGUGAGCCCUUGGUGACUGGCUGACCCUGGAUGGAAGUUACAGGUGCAAGGGUGACAGCCCUCAAAUCUCUGACAGCCUCCAGGCCUUGGGGCUCCCGUGGGCAAGCUCUUGGUGUCCACAGCCCAUCUGAGGAAGAGAAGACAGCCCUGUGUGCAAACCUGCAAUGGGUAAGUUGACUGGGCUCCUAGAGGUGUGGGGGGUGCCAACUGACCCCAAACUUCAGUCAAAAAAAAUAAGAUGUGCUAAUGGUUGAACAGAGGGAUGGAAAUGUGAUCAAGCAAACACAACAAUAGUAACUGUAAAGUCGACUGUGGGUAUAUAGGUGUUCAAUGCAAUUCUUUCAGCUUCUAUGUUUAAAAAUCUUCAUAAUAAAAUACUGGGGGGAAAAGCACAAUCAGGAGCCCAGGGAAGUCCAGCUCAGAGUAGACCCUCCCCAGGGGUUGGGCAGACUCUUAACAGUUCCGAAGCUCCAGUGGAAUCAGCUGUUCUGAGGGCAGGAUGCUCCUGCCAGCACAUGGCACCUAGGCUGGCCUCAGUGGGUGCUCAGCAAAGGUUUGCUGGAUAAAUGUGUCAUGUCAUCUCUCUCUGCAUGAGCCCUGUGACGCCUGUCAGCCCAGCAAACUUGGGAGGUCAUUCCCCCCCUCCCUUCACAGCUCAGCACGUGCAAAUAGAAGUCCUGUUUGGUGUUAGCACCUCAGGGUGUGCCUGGUCAGGUGAGCGGUUGCGCAAAGGUAUUUCAGGGGUGAGGAGUGUUCUGUGAGAACUUGCCCUUAGAGUCAGGGAGCAGCUCCUCUAUCAGCAUUGAGGGCUAACUCUGUGGGGUCCAUGGGGGCCUCCUUGACAGAGGUGUGGGCUUUGCCAUGGGACACUGAUGAGCCAGGUAAAGGCUGUAGGUGGGGCAGUGUGUGGGGCCUUCUGGGUUUUACAACAGUCCCCAGUGGACUAGAGGGCAAGAGCAAGGCACUGGAGUGGUAGAGGGACCUCUAUGGUGUAGAGAGUCAGGAGCGGGCUUUCCACCUUGAGCUGCAAUGCUUGCCAGGGCUGGGGUUCUGGAGGAGUAGAUGCCUAAGGCGAUGGGUAAAGGGCACCUCUUAGGCCAGGCCCUGGAGCCAUGCAGGGAGUGGCCCUGCAGGUGUACAUUAGCCACAGAGUCCUGAUGGCUGCUUGUCUCCCCCUCCACCCAGGAACACAGCCAUCUGUUUAGGUGUUUUGGUUUUUUUGUUUUUUAAAGAUUUUAUUUAUUUAUUUGACAGAGACAGACACAGCGAGAGAGGGGAAAAGCAGGGGGAGUGGGAGAGGGAGAAGCAGGUUUCCCGUGGAGAAGAGAGCCCAAUGCGGGGCUCGAUCCCAGGACUCUGGGAUCAUGACCUGAGCUGAAGGCAGAUGCUUAACUGAGUGGGCCACCCAGGAGCCCUGUUUAGGUGUUUUGUAUUUCCUGGGUUUACUCCCCCCUUGUUCCAAGCCCUAAGCAUCAUCCUACUUCACUCCACUUCCAUGGCCUGCACGGUUUCCUCCAGCAGCUCCAGGGUCAGUGGCUUCACUGUCUGGGACAGCACAGCUGUGGUCCCAGGGGCAAAGUGGUAGUGGCUGGGCCUGGGAGAGGAGAGGGACGGCCUCUCAACUUGGGCCCAUCAUGUGGCCCAUCCUCUUCUUGCAGCCCCCAUCUCCCCUGCUACUGCCCCAUCCUCCCCAGCAGUCCCCCAUCUCCCAUGCUCCCACCUCUCUAUGGGCUUUGUGGGUGAGCUUAAUGUUCUCAGAAGCUUGGCGCCGGUCCGCAUUAUCACACAUGCAUCCACACUGCCCCCAGAGCCCAGGUCACCCAGGAUCCCUGCAGUGACAGCUUCCACUAGCAGCUCCUGCGCGGCCUCCAGCUGUGAUGAUAUGUGUGCUUGAGGCCCGAUGGACCCUUCUGGUAUCAUCUUCAGGCUACAGCCUAGAGGUUUUGUUCAUCUCGAAGCCCAGAUUAUUUACCAUUUGCUCAUACCCAGACUCCUCUGUUUCCCUAUACCCCCAUCGACCCCAAGCUCCCUUGCCCUGGUCUCUGCCUCCCUCUCUCCAGAGACGCUGUGUUCCCAGUGCCCCAUCUUCACAAACUUCUCUUGAGUCACUUAAACUUGUGGUUCUGCUUCCAGUGCUGUCCACCCAACCAAUGUGGUCUUGCUCCCCAAUCUACUGGCUCACUGCUUUUUCCCUUUUGGACCUUAGGCACCUCUGAAGCAACACAUGUCAUCCACUUUCAUCCCACCCUAAACAAAAUCCAGACUCCAGACCCCACUUGCCCGUUACCUCCUCCCUCAGCUUCAAAGGGUCCUGAGCUUUGACUUCUCCAGGACUGGCACUGACGGUUGUCUGCUGGAACAGCGCUUCUUCACUCGGACUCCACUGGCCCCUCAGUCUCCAUUCAGUCGUCACCUCCAAGAAGCCUUCCCUAACCUCUAGACUAGGCCAUGAUACCUCACCUUUGUGUUACCAGAGCUCCCGCGUGCCCUACCCAUCAAUGAACGCGUAGUGAGGGACAGCGGUUGCUUACCCUCAUGUUCGGCUGGAACCGAUCCUCCAGUACGGCCAGGGCGGCGUCCUGGCCGGAACCUGCAAAUAGGAGGGGCAUCUGAGGUCAGUCGUGGCCACCCGGCCGCGGGACGAACGUGAGGCCACGGUCGCAGGGUCGGGAUUCGUGGGGAAGGGGCGGAAGCGCUCACCCAGGGCUGUGAAGGGCAGACGGCUGUAGGAGCCGUGGGGGUGCACGCUGUAGAGCUGCGGUCCAGUCAAGUCUACUCCGCCCACUAUCAGCGACGCGCCCACGUGGCCCCGGUACCUUUUCACGAAUGGGCGUGGUCAGCCCCAAGCCCUGGGCUUCAGGCCCCGCCCCUCCGUGACACCGCCCUCGGACCCGAGCCCCGCCCGUUCCUGUGGUCUGGCGCCCCGGUACUAACAUUGCUCCUUCCUGUUGCCCAGCUCCUCUUAGGUCGGCCUUUUCCGGUCUCCGGGGCUCUCGCAGCCCCGCCCUUCCUCCUGUCCUUCCUCCUGUCCCACAUCCUCUCAGUUCCGCCCUCCCUACAGCGGCCCCUCCUCAGGGUCAUCUUAGCCCCGCCCCAGUACCGGAAGAGCGUCUGGCGCAGAACGCGCGUGACCGUAGCCACGCGAAUCUCCCGGCCCGUGGACAGGGCGUGUAGCUCCAUGUUGGACGCCGCCAGCCGCGUGGUCAUUUCGGCGUCCGCGGCUACUCCAGCCCCACAGCAGCUGAGAACGAAGAGGGGGUUCGGUGUGGGCGGGGCUAGGGCCUGCGGGGACCGGGAAUGGGAACGAGGGUCGGUUCUUGAGUGGGGCAAAGGGGUUGGGGAUUUCUCACUAGAUUUUGGGGGCGAUGAAGUGGAUCUUCUCGCAGUUCUUGUCCAUCACAACCGAAUCGCUAGUGGCCCGCGUAUCCGCGCCCAGGAUGACCCCGUCCUGGGGAGGGAGAGGGGCCGCUGGCUCAGUGCCUGUCCGAUUCCCCAGCAAUCCCUCUAAACCCUCCAGUCCCAAGUCCCUGCUCACUUGGAACACAAGGCCCGCGAUGGUGGUACCGGUUCUGUGUGCCUGAGGGAUCCGGAGCCCUGGGAGGACUCGUUCUAAGGAUGCAUUUCUGGAAACGGAGUGGAGAGGCCCAGGCUGAGGUUCCUCUUCUGGGACCCCAUCCGUCACAUCCUCCAGCUCUGUCCUAGCCUCCCUCACUUCUAGGGGUGGGAGCACAGGAACCCAAGUCGCCCAGCACACGCUGCCGCCCCUCCGCCCCCACCAGGAAUAAAGGCCCUGGGGCUUCCACUCCCAGAAGCCCUCGUGGAGAACAUAGGCAGCACCGCUCCCGACCAACCCCCGCCCCCCCAUCACCUCUGGCAGUUCUCGAAGGAGAAGCCCCUUCGGGGCUCUAACGCUGGCUUCAGCAUCUGGAGGUGGGCAGGGUGGUCCAGGGAUUGGGGGUCUACGUUCGACCAGAGCGGAGCAAGAAGGGCCAAAGUCGGGUGCUCUGUCAGGCAACCCCCUAGCCCUUCUGACGCGUCUGGCUUUCGGUUUCACCUUUCCUCAGAGCGUGGCUGGCCCCUUCUGCAGCUUCUCUUUCACUUUCACCUUCACCUCUGGUCCUGGGCAGCUUGGCAAAGGGGAGAUGUCCUUGCCUGGCUUUCCAUCCUGCUCCCUAGUCCUCUGAACAGAGGGACAAAUGCCUCCGUCUGGCCAUUGUUCAGUAGCUCCUCCCCCUUCCAGCCUGAGUCCCUAGCUUUUCCUAUCAGUAUCCCAACUCUAACCUCAAGUCCCUCAGCCCUAAGGUUGUCACACUGGCCAGGUUUCUGUUACUUGCCUCCCAACAACAUCAAGCAUGGCUGCCUUUUGUCCUUUGGCACCCUCUUUCUUUCAGCUCUUUUGUUGCCUUUGCCUUCUCCCUGAAACCUGAAACGCCAAAGCUCAGUCCUCCACCAUGGUGACCGAUCCUUCCUGCUUCCCUCUCUCAGGUGCUGUCUUCCCUCUCUCAAGAGGGAUGCUGUGGGGCUGUCCAUCUAGUGGCCUGGAGGCAUGCUUGCCUCUGCCCAUGGCCCAGCCUUAGUUUUCCUCCCAAAUGACCCUUUAUCUGUCCACAUCUUUCUCCUAACCACUGCUUUAGUCUCAGCUAGCCUCGUCUCUCCCCUGAAUACUGCACUACCCUCCCUGGCUUCCCCAAGCUUCCUGCCCCUCAGCCCCCACCCCAGGCUACCCUUUACCUUGCAGAGAAGGGACUCUUUCUAGAUUGCAAAUCUGGUUAUGCUCUUACCCUGGUUAACCCCUUCAGCAACUGCAUAUUGCUCUUAGGCUCAAACCCAAGUCUUUACAGCAGCCCACAGUACCCUUCUCAUCCCAUCUGAUCUCAGAAUAGGCACCACCUCCUCUGGGAAGCCUUCCCUGACCCACAAGACUCAGCCCCUUGGUGCUCCCUAAACUUUUCUCUCAGACCACUUAGCUCCAUUAAUUAAAUCUUCAUUAGAGAAAUUAUCUGAUUCGUGGCUGUCUCUCCCCCAGAUUUUAAACUCUUGCGCUUCUGUCACCCACUUAGCACUCAAAAGGCCCUGUCUAGGGGGGCACCUGGGUGGCUCAGUCGGUUGAGCGUCUUGACUCGUGAUUUUGGCUCAGGUCAUGAUCUCAUGGUUUGUGGGGUCCAGCCCUGUGGUGGGCUUUGUGCUCAGCGGGGAGCCUGCUUGAGAUCCUCUCCCUCUCCUUUGCCCCGCCCCCCCAUAAAUAAACCUUAAAAAAAAAAAAGGCCCUGUCUAGUGGUGGGAUCCACCUGCCCUUUGGGGAGCGGGCGCGGGACAGCUCACCUCUUCCCUGCCCUGCGCCCUUGGCUCCAAGUGCCCCCAUCCGACAGCUGUGUGCGCAGCUACCUCCAGUCCCCCAUCCCCAGAGCAGAGGCAGCCUACAUAAACAGCUCAUCCAGGAGAGUGGGAAGCUCUACAUCUCAGGGUUCCAUAUUCAAUCCCAGGCUUCACCAAAGUCCAUCUUGCCCUGACCUUCCACAAAGUACCAGGCCUAUGGCUGCUACUCAGCGAAGCCUAGUGGGUGCACACUAGUGCCUCCUCCUCCACCCACAGGACACAGGUCAAAGCUUAGAGAGCAAAAGAAGGUCUUUAUUCGGGGGGCAGAGGCCCUGGGCUGGCAGUUGGGGGUUCAGGGGUGCUACGUCGGUAGGUACCCAGCAGGAUGGCAUUGAUGUGCUCCAGAGUCUGGUUGCUGAAGACCAUGUUGAGGUGCUCUGUCCCAUGGAGAGGCAGCAGGUGCACAGGCUGUGGCUGGCGGCUCUGCCAGUGGGCACAGAGCUCCGUGCUGCGUGUGGCCACAGUGUCAUCACCGUCCUCGUAGAGCACCCCCACGGGGUCUGUGUAGGGGAAGCCGUGGUCAAAGAUGUAGGUGCGGGGUGUGGGCAGGCCCACGCCAUACAGACAGUAUACUUCCACGCCGGGUGCUGGGAGGCCUGCCAGUAGGUCACGUGACUGGAGCCACAUGUACCAGCCUUCCUCAAAGUGCACAUCUGCAAAGAAGCGCUGGAAGUCACGGCCUGUGUAGUUGAUGCCGGGCGUGGAAAUGAACACAUGGUCCUCAGGCCAUGCCUCGCUGGAGGGAAACAUCCAGGGGGAGGUCGUUGAUAUACGCUGUUCCUCUCUCAGCUUGAUGCUGGACAUGAUCGGGAUGCCCUGGUUGUCACCUGUGAACACAAAGCCAGGUGGGUCAGGGAGCCUGGCCACCUCUGGCCCACACCUUGCCUCCCAGCCCAAGCUCAGCCAGAUGCUCAGUCUUGUCCCUGGCCAAUUCCAACGCUGACUCCAAGCCACAAACUCGGAGCAGGCCUGGCAUUCAACAGGUGUUCAAUGUGUGCUUAGUGAACGAGAGGCCCUGGUGGCACGUCUGUGGGGCAGAGCUGUAGAGCCUCAAAAGGAGGGAGAAGUUGGUUUCCUGAAGAUGGGUGUAUAUGUGUGUAGAUGGGAGGAUGGUGCUGGUGGUUCUCCUCAGCCAAGUGUCUGUUGGGCCCUGUGGCCUGGGGCUAUGCAGGGGUCAGAGCUAUGUUCUUGGGAAGGAUAAAAUUAGACUGUGUCUGUGUUUGGCCCUUAUUGAUGGAGUCUGAUGGAGUCUUUCCCUCAGCAGAUCGUGAGCUACUGGGGGAAGGUAGAGUCUGGCUGUGCCCAGCAUACAGUUAGUACUCAUACAGUUAGUAGCUGUGCCACUUCUCAGGAAGGGCAGAGGGGCUUCUAGGGUGUGGCCCUGGCUCUGGCAGAUCUGUCCUCAGUAGGCAGAUCCCUGGAAAAUGGGCUCCUGGAAGCAGAAGGCCGCUGAAAGCUGAGUGGGCAGGCCCUGAGACCACAAGGAACAGACGUAGUCCAUGUGUCAGAUUGCCAGGGUUCACUUCCUUUCUGUUUACUUUCCUUUUGUCACCGAAACACCACCAAAACAGACUUCUGGCAGGAGCUACCAGGCCAGGCCGGGCUCACUGCUCUCAAGGGGCCAGUGACAGGGGCCAGGCCUCAGGGGUGGUAAAUAGCACGGUCAGCCAGGCCUUGUGAGCAGAAGCAGGAGUGAGGGCAGGCCCAUGGUCAGUUUCAUCCCCCUCCACCCCCGGCCCCUCAAUGACACGGGUGGUCUGAGGCCCUCUCACCUGAGGCCAAGACCAGCAUGGGCUUGAUGGAGCCCCCCCAGGGAGCCCCAAGAGAGAUGAAUCCAUCGACGAAGCGGUCCUUCCAGGCCUGGGGCUGGCGUAGCAAGAAAUAGAGCAAGUGUAGGCAACCGAGGCUGUGACCAAUGAGGAAGACAGGCUUCCCAUAGGCAGCAUGCAUCUCCUCCACCAGCCCGGCGAGCUUCCGGUAGUAUUCCUCCUGCUGGCCUGCAGCAGGGUGGAUGGGGUCAGGGCAGUGGGGGGUCAGGGCCCACCUGCCCCAAGCCCACUAUCUGCAGAGACACUCACUGGGCUCCAGCCGCCAGUCGUAGGGGGCGGCCCGCACCGUCUCGUCCCGCACAUACCCGUUGUUGACCAGGUUCUGCACCAGUGUGUGCAUGUAACCUGUGGGGAAGGUAGCAGCACUGGAGGCUCUGGCCACAGCUCCUGUGGGCCGGCCACGGCUGCAGCCUGCCCCUUCCCCAAUAAACACACCUGCCAGCUUGUUGUUGUCCAGGUACUCAACAGAGUAGGUCUUCCCAAAGCCAGGGACACGGAUCUGUACACCAGGGGCAUUGGACACGCGCCCAGAGCUGCGGUUGUAGACGACCCUGGGGGCAGUGGGACACUCAGCAGGCCAGCAGCCAAGGGGCCGAGCGUAGGGGCCGGGGCAGAGGGGAUGGCACGUACCUUGUGUUAUCAAUCCAGCAGUCCACUCCAAGGGGUAGGAAUAUAUUGAGAUCCAGCCAGAUGGUGAAGAAGUCCUCCGUCUUGCGGUAGCACAUCCAGUUCACCACAUCUGGUUUAUCCAGCUUGGCUUCCAGCUGAUUCCCCAGGCAGCCAGGCACUGUGGGCGCUAGCCUUCAUUCUGAAUUCCUUGGAUUCCUCCCUUGCCCCGCCCCCCAUGCCUGUUCCCCAACCUCUCGCUUUGUGACCAGCUCCGCCCCUCCAUCUCCCACACCCUCAACCUCCAGGAACUAAGGACUUGAUCCUUUACAUAAACAGGAUCCCACCCCAUCCCCCCAGCAGCCCAGGGCCCAGGUUCCCCUCAGGCAGGGAAGGUGCAGGGGCCAAGGCCACUGACCCCUGUCCGCAAAAGGCAAACACCUGGCCUGGCUCUCCAUUCAUGCCUAAGUCCAAGGUGAGAACAAACAGCUAUGGGGGAGUGGGGGCUGGGCCUCGGAGGAGGAGGCAGGCCUUGAUGGGCCUCUUCUGUUUUCCUGGGCUGGGCAUCUUGUCCUUGCUGGGAUGGGGGCUGAGUGGCUGCAGCUGACCACAGCUUGUAAUGCCCUGGCCAAGCCCUCAGGCACACCCGCCCCCAACUCCACCCGCCUAGGGUAGACAGCUCAGAGACACAGGAACAGUGUGGUGGGGGAAGGGGUUCAUUUCUCUGCAGGAGAAGCCUUUGGACCCUCAAACAGAGAGGCAGGUAUCAGGGCGAAUGCAGGGGCAGAAGGGCCUUGGCAGGGUCUGCUACCAGGGGGCUGGGGCCCAGGCUCCCCGAGGUCUGGCCUGGUGCAUCAGGGGCCUGGCGGGGGCUUACCGAGGAUGACGGGCCGUGUGUGGUUACUGAGCUCAGCCUUGGGCGUGGUGUGCGGGGGGAAGAGCACAUUGAAAAGCCAGAAGGGGGAGGCAGGGGGGAGCAGCAGCCCGAGCAGCAGCAGCCCCCAAGGCCAUGGGGAGCCCGACGGCCCCAUUCCAGCCCUAGUGCCUACUGCCCACUGAAGCAGUCCUGGGCUGGCCUUAUCUGGAGUGGUGGUGGGAGGGGCCCUAAGGCCAGUGGGAGGGACAGCCUGGCCAAUGGGGGUGGCCAGAGGUUGCCGGGAAGGGGCAUAGCCUCGGAGCCAGCUCUGGGCCUGGUUUCAGUUCCGCCUUCUUCCCUUGGUGCCAGGGGAAACAGAGCCGGGGCAGCAGGAGGCCCAGAAGUACACAAUGUUUUAUUGAAAAAAGUCAGGCCCCAGCUGGCCAGUUCCAUUCGGCUUGGCUUGGUGGGGGUCCCUGCCCACAGGAGCCUGAGCCAGGUCUUCCUGCAGGUGGGCUGGGCCAGACCCCCCUCCCCUGUCGCCCUUCCCCUCCUCUCUGAUGGUGACAUCCCAACAAUAAAUAUGCAAUAAAUAGCGUUCCUGGGCAGGCUGCCUUCAAAUCUCCCAUGAGCCCCCCUCCCCCUCCCAAGUCUUCUCCCGCCAGGACAGGCCUCCUGGGGUGCUGGAUGGGGAAGUCCCCAGACCUCUCAGGGUCCUGCAGAAGCUCGGAUCCAUUGCCAUUACCAGCCCAGGCCUGGUCUUCCAAGGAGACCUAGCAAAGCUGGGUCCAGGACAGGGCUGUCGGGUGAGUGCUGGGAGAAGGCUGUUACCCUGGACACCUCCACUCCAAGCCAAAGGUGUAUAUCCGGCUCAGGAGUAGAUGGUGAUCACUUCACGGCCACCUCCGCGCACCAACAGCACACGCUCGAGGCCCUCGGUCAGCACCUCCAGGAACUCCAUGUCUGCAGGGCGUCAGGUCAAGGAGGCAGCACCAGGACCAAGGGGCACCCAGGGAAGUUUGGCCUAUUAAUCAGAGCUGGGGUAACCUAGCACCCCCCGGGGGCAUCUAGGGAGAAGAGGUCCUGGCCUGACCCCAUGCGUUGUCCACCUCCCCACUGCCAGCCUUUCCACCAAAGGAUACAGUUCUCAUCACCUUCGCUGUUCUUGGGGGGGCCAGGCAUGUUCAGUAGAACCAGGCGGGCAUCGUGGGAGCGCGUGACGAUGACUUCGUUGAGCUUCACAGCGGUGUGCAUGCGCCGCACAUUGGACUGGUCCCUGCAGGUAAUGCAGCUGAUCACAGGCCCCACCCCUGGCCCACCCGAAGACCCUGUCCGCCCCCAGCCCACCUCCACUCCCAGACCCCCGUGUGGUGGGGUCUGUUUUUGCUGCACUCACGGCUUAAUAUGCACCAGCUCCCGGAAAUUGUCAGGGGCGUGGCUGGGGUCCCAGGGCUCCGCCGCCAUGUACUUGUCCCGUGUCCAUGUCAUCUGGAUUUUGUCAGCCCCAGCAGCAGACUCGUCUUCCUCGUCGGAGUACAGGCUCUCCAGCCGCAGGGCUGAGUGUCGGUCCUUGACCAGCUGGGCCUGAGAAAAAUCAGAGGUGGCCUCAGUGCCACGGGAAAAGGGGGACCUGGAUGGCCCAACACGAUCACUUGGCCUCCGGGAAAUGGGUACUGACUUGGGUGAGGCUGGGUGGGGUGCGCCAUUCUGAUUCCCCAAAGUGAUGGUGUCUCCAAAGCCUGACCUGCCACCCGCCCCUGCCUGAAAUGAGAGAGCCACUGACUUCUCGCUCCCGCUCCGUCUUCGUCAGCCUCAUCUGCCGCAGCAUCUGGGAGCGCUGUUCCAUCAUCAGUGUCCGCUCAUAGGUGUACGCGGAGAUAUCGCUGUUAUGCUGGGGAGAGAGUGGAGCACGAAGAAUGGGCUGCAUGCAGCCGGCUAUCCACAGGGCCACGGGGGCAGGUGACUCACCAUCUCUACCACCUCCACUUCUGCCUCAAGGCGCAGGUGGUACAGGAAGACAGCCAGAUCCUUCUUCAUCUGGAUGCUGUUGUCGUCCAUCUGGGCCACGGUGAAGAUGCGCAUCCGGCACUUCCUCCACACCUGGGGCACAGGAGCAGGUAGGUGGCUGAGUCACAUUCCAGCCCUCCCAGGGCCCAGCCCUGCCCACCUGGGUCCACCCGCCUGGCCCACCUUGUGCUGGCGCAGCAGGAAGGGCAGAAGCAUGAGCAUGCCCCCGUCGUGCACGAUCCACCAAACGUCAAUGUGGCCCUCCAGGUAGCGCUCAUGGUUGCUGGGGUAGAAGGCGAUGUUCUUGGGCACAAGCAGGGCCAGGUGGGCCGCCGUGGUGCAGCGCACAGUGUC